AUGAGGACCGACAUGGUAAGCCCAAGUCCGACGACAAAACAUCGACAACCGUCCAGCGGCUCCCGCAGCCCUUCAACGGUCUCCCUGCUGGGACCAGAGGCACGGGGCAGCCUGAGCCUCUCUCGGCUGGACUCGCCGGUCACGACUCUGCGGCCGUCGACUCCAACGUAUGGUGCCGGGGACAGGUCGAGCACAAGGUUGGACUUGAGUCGCACGGACCUCAUGCACGGCUUGUUGGAUGUGGGUGAGACUGAGAUCUCGUCGCUGCGCUCCAGCAUCGAGGAGCUACGGUCGUCUGUGCGCGAUCUGCAGCGGCAGGCGAAGCAGGCCCCGCGAACUUGGCGCAACGAGCUUGAGACCGCUAUUGACGGAUGCCAGGCGCUGAUGCUGCAGAUUAUGCAUUGGGGAGUUAAGAGGACCGUUCUUCUGCUCCUCGGGGCAACGAUUGACUUCGAAGCGGUACUGGCAUAA